CCUGCCGUCAAGGACGCCGCGGAGGAAGCGCAGACGGUCUCUCCCAACGAUCAGGUGGACAAGGAGGUCACCGGCAAGGACAAGACCGAGUCUCACAUUGAAAAUGAAGCUAUGAUAAUUGGGGCCUGAAGUAUGAACCAUUUGAUGUUUCACAUUUUCUUUUUGUAUGUGUGUCUUUCGAACCUGUUUAUUAUUAUAAUUAAUUUUAGGUUUAAGUCGAUCUCAAUGACAUUUGUUCCUUUUGCGACUGAUUUAUGUUGUGUGUACAUAAGUAUGUUAAUUUUAUUUAAUGUUAUAAUAAGUGCACAUGAGGCUUACCUUGUGUAAUUAAAUUUCAAGAAGUGAAAA